AGACAUCAUGACAACAUUGGUAUAUAGAGCAGAGCCAUUUUCUGUAGGAACAGAGCUGACAUGAUUUCUUACAUGUCAGAGUGGCAUAUUUGUUCUACACAAUAUAUUCCUACCUGAACGCUUCACAAUGUUGUGCCCUGCUGAAUGCAGCCCAGUGAUGGUUAAGAGCUGUAGGUCAAGUCUGUCAUCAACCUCCUGUUUGCUGCCUACACCGGAGACGUCUCAGCACUAAGGAGGUCAAAUUUGCUCUUUCCUCCAUGGACAUGGAGCAGAGGGACUAUGACUCCAGGACGGCUUUACAUGUGGCAGCAGCAGAAGGACAUGCAGAGGUGGUGAGCUUCCUCUUGGAGGCGUGCAAAGUGAACCCUGUUCCCAUUGAUAGGUGGGAUAAGAACCCAAUGGAAGAGGUCUUGCAUUUUGGCCAUCACGACAUGGUCACCAUCCUCCAGGACUAUCAAAACAAGUACAACCCACAAGAGGCCCCCAAGAAGGACAAGGAGACAGCAGAGAACAACCUGGGCGGUCUGCUGUAGUGUAGACAUCCAAGCCAGUUGAUGGCGCCACGCUGCUUUUGUAUCCUCUCUAAUAGACUGCUGUUUCUUUGGUGGGAUAAACACUUUUUGGAGUGACUUUUGUCAACUAUGUAUGAUGACUUUAUUUCUGAACUGUGUGUUUGAUUAAAUGUGUUUUACAUUUGUUAUACUC